AUGUCCAUGCCCGUCCUCCUCCUCUUACUCUCGCAACACCAACCUCUGGCCCCUGAUACACCCCCCGCCACAAUCAGAGCCCGCAAAUGGCAUACCAUGACUACCACGGGCCUGUCUCGCCGGCCAAACCGAGAACGCUCUCGAAAACAACACCAUCUGCUUGUCUGUCUUCACAUUGCGAAACCUCACCCACGCCAACGCCAAAGCCUUGUCUUUCCCACCCUCCACGACCUCCAUCAACAAUCGACAACACCAUCCAGCGCCUCGCUAGCCUUGGCGGCACCACUCUGUAUUCCCGAAGACGAUAUGUACAAGCACUUCCAUAUCUUGCCUGCUGCAGCUCUAUCAAUCCCUUUUGGCGUCGCGUCUUGA